GAUCCAUCCCACACAUCUCUUCCGUAAAAACACCAAAAUUCAUCCCUCACAAAAAAAAGUUGCAAAGGAAGAAGUCAAACCAUUCCACCAGCAACAUCAGUCAAAAUGGCCAACAACCGAGUCACCUACCGCCGUCGCAACCCGUACAACACCACCUCCAACAAGACCCGUGUCGUCAAGACUCCCGGUGGUCAGUUGCGAGCUCUUCACAUCAAGAAGCGAGGAACCGCCCCGAAAUGUGGUGACUGUGGUGUCAAGCUCCCCGGCAUUCCCGCCCUCCGACCCCGUGAAUACUCUCAGAUCUCCCACCCCAAGAAGACCGUCCAGCGAGCGUACGGUGGUUCAAGAUGCGGUAACUGCGUGCGAGACAGGAUCGUCCGCGCUUUCCUGAUUGAGGAGCAGAAGAUCGUCAAGAAGGUGCUGAAGGAGCAGAGCGAGGGUUCCAAGAAGAAAUAAACUACCGAAUGACUCUGGGAUGGAAUGGUUCGGCCUUCAUUGAUUUGGUGUUCAGAGGGACAGGGCUGCAUGUCAUGCGAACGGCUACUGAAUAGCCCGCAUCUGUUUCUGUUUCUAGGGCUUCUAGGGCUUCUUCUCAUGGUCUAGAUGAUCGGAAUGGUAUAAACGACAUCAGGACUACCACUGUUUAUAUCGUUCCUCACAUCUGCUAUGCUGUGACACGAAUACCACGACUUAAUGGACAUAGGCUAUUUUCUAGUCUAAUUUGGGCGGCGUUGCUGCAAGUCUCGGGGCAUGUCAGUAUUACUUCACUACGCUCCCCUUAUUUCUGAAUGAGGAGAACACGGGCGUCCUUCCCAAAUCGUAAUAUUUCCAACGCACAAGAGCUCUAUCACUACAGUUUGCUAGUGGUUUCUAUUGCGAGACCGUAUGUACCGCCGAACCUAAACCUAAUACGUAAAUGAUGUCUUCUAGAUUUCCCAAAACAACUUGUGUACG